GGAAGAAAGAGUAGAUUGGCAAGUUAGGGUCUGUCUUAUGGACGGGACGUGGCAGGGUGUUUAUUCGCGGAUGAGUCGCCAAACACCGACUCUUUAGCUUAUUUGUAGCCGGUUUGACUGUGACUCUUUCCCUGCUACUAUGAAUGGGAUGGUACGGUCGGAGCGGCCCGCGGGCUUCAGCAAGAGGAUCCUGGUAACCGGAGGGGCGGGCUUCAUAGCAUCUCACAUGAUAAUAUCCCUGGUUGAAAACUACCCUGACUAUCUUAUUAUUAACCUUGAUAAGCUUGAUUAUUGUGCCAGUUUGAAGAAUCUGGAAUCUAUCUCCAGUCAUCCAAACUAUAAGUUCAUACAGGGUGAUAUCUGUGACCCUGACUUCAUAAAACUUGUUUUUGAAAAAGAAAAUCUUAAUAUCAUCUUGCAUUUUGCAGCACAGACCCAUGUAGAUCUUUCAUUUUUGCAGUCCUUUAAAUUUGCCUAUGUGAACACUUACGGCACAAGCAUCCUUUUAAAUGCAGCCCAUGGAGCUGGAGUUGAAAAGUUUGUGUAUAUAAGUACAGAUGAAGUGUAUGGAGGUAGCCUUAAUGAAGAAUUUGAUGAAUCUUCACCAAAACGGCCAACCAACCCGUAUGCCUCAUCGAAAGCCGCUGCAGAAAGUUUUGUACUGUCUUUCUGGGAACAACACAAGUUUCCAGUUGUAAUUACCCGAAGUAGCAAUGUUUAUGGACCACAUCAGUAUCCAGAGAAGGUAAUCCCAAAAUUCAUAUCUUUGUUGCAACGCAACCAAAAAUGCUGCAUUCAUGGGAGUGGAAGGCAGACCAGACAUUUUCUUUAUGCUUCGGAUGUGGUGGACGCGUUAAUCACCAUCCUCACAAGAGGUGAAAUUGGAGAAGUUUACAACAUUGGGGCAAGUUUUGAAAUCUCAGUAUCUCAGCUAGCCAGAGAACUAAUCCAAACAAUGAAAAACACAGCAUCAGAAUCAGAAAUUGAAAACUGGAUUGUUUAUGUGAACGACCGACCUGUCAAUGAUCUUCGUUACUCCAUGAAGUCAGAAAAAAUGCACAGUUUAGGAUGGAGACCUAAGGUUCAUUGGAAGGAAGGUAUUCAGAGGACCAUUGAAUGGUAUAAAGAUAAUUUCCAUAACUGGCAGAAUGCUGAGCUUGCACUGGAGCCAUUUCUGCAUGAGGCAUAGGAGCACUUACAGUGCCCAGAAGCAGGGGAAGGAAAAGAUGAAUAAGGAAACACAGAGCAACAGAAAUUCCUCUUGGAGUAAUGAAGGGUAGGAAGAACAGCAGGAACUGCUUGCAUUUCUAGGUUUUUCUUAGGUUUACUGGACAUUUUAUUCUUUGUAAUUUUUUAAUUUAUAUACCUCUAAAUACUUUAUUUUAUUUAUGAAUCAUUUUGGAAGUACUGUAUUUAUAUCAAAGAUCAAUGCCUUUUUUGGCUUAUGGCUAAAUAAUUUGGGCAGAGAUGUCCGAUCUGUUGCCCUUAAUCAUUUGUGGAACUAGCAACAGCGCCACACGUUAGACAUACCAGCAUUGGAAAUUUGAUCUAAUCAUGCUUGUUAAACUUGAAUGACAUUAAAGAAAUAAAGUGAACAUUGUAAUGCUUUAUAGUUCCAUAUUAAGCAAAAAUACACACUAUUUCCAUAAAUAAACAUUUCAAGUUGGUGCAUGGAAGCAAAGUUAUAUUUACUAAGUAAUAUAGAUUUUAUACUGUACAGUGUACGGUAUCAGUGGAAAAUGCUAUUAAUCAGCUUCAGAUACCAAAAUAAAGUUUAUAUUUUCUUUAACAUACUGUAUAUCUUUGUAAAACUUUUUCACACAUUUUGCACUUCAUUCAAAAUUGUUAAAGCAGAAGGAACAGCAAAUCCACUGUGGGGUGCAAACAUUUUACGUACCUCAAAGUGCAUUAAAUUACUUGAGCAUUUUCUUUCCAUACCAGUGCUCCAGAAAAAAUUCACAGGCCUGGGGAUAUUUUCAACAGAGUGCCACUAUCUAGUUCCCUGGGAUGCCUUGCAUAUGCUUGCGCAUGUGCAGUAUACUGCAACUGGGUAAUUUUACUUUAUUGCACAAGCACCUGCCUAAAGUUUUGGUGCCCCACUGUGAAUUAUUCUUUGCGUGCCCUUUAAGUAGAAAGUAUUAUUGCUCCUCUUAAUUAAGAGUCUGUCAAAAAUCAGCUGAGAAGUUGUCCAAUGUGCUUAUUCCUGGCCUCAACAGAAUGCCAAAUGAUCAAAUGUGUCUUUUAAAACUAAAUUUUUAUGGGUCAGCUGUGAGUUAAAUGUAUUCUUGUAAUCAAUGUGUUUUUUUUUUAUUCUUUAAUGUUCUACAACUUACUAAAUGCAUUCCUUCUUAAUAAAGCCUUUCGUUUUAGAUA